CAAAAAUAUUCGGCUGCUCCGAUUUCGAAGGCAACGACGAAACUUGAGCUGCGCUCGGCGGCGCGUACACCGUGCGCACGCAUUCACGAGCCAUAAAGAAGAAGCUAUAGUGAACUGUCCGCAGCUGUUCGAGUCCUUGCAGCAGUAUCGGUCGACCCGAAGAACAGGGACGCUCCCACCCGUCGUAACAUGGGUUGACGGCAUCCCAUUCCUCCACGACCACCAAUUUCGGCGUCGGUUACACCAGCGACGGCAUUUCUCGCGACUGCGCUGCCGUCGCCGCCCCACACGCCCGCGCCCAGGUCACCGCCGGCUUACGCCUCUCGUACCAACAGCAACGCCACUUCUCGCGUCGCCGAUAAACAGCGCCAUGGAAUCGGGAGCCAACGCAGGCUCAGAUCAGGUAGCGUCGCCGCCGCGGAGCAUCCUGGAUGACUUCUUGUCUUCCUCGGACACGCGGCCCAUCAUCCAGGAGAACGUCUACGUCAUUCUGGGCCACGGCAAGUUCCAGAGGAGGGUGCUGCUCUGCGCCGUGCUUUGCCUUACGGUGCUUGUGCUGCACGCGUUCGCGUACCGACUCAUCGGUCGUCCCGUGCAGCACUGGUGUCGCCCGCCCGAGGAACUUCAGCACUUGCCCGUCCAGGAGUGGAGGAACGUGGCCAUACCCGUCUUGGCCGACGGCAGCCUCAGCGAGUGCACCGUAUACGACCCACCGGUGCCGGGAGAAAACGGCAGCGAACGAAGAGUAGUGUCUUGCAACCAGUGGGACUACGCCGGUGACCGACAGGAAGACAGCAUCGUCAGCGCCUGGGACCUGGUGUGUAGCCACCACUGGCUCUACGCGCUGUCGGAGUCCACAUACAUGAUGGCCCCCAUGGUGUUCGUUCCACUGGCAGGAAUCGCGGCUGACCGCCUGGGACGCAGGCCCAUUAUCCUCGCCUGCGCCUUCACGAUUUUGCUUGCCAGCCUUGCUGCCGGCUCGUCGCAGGUUUUCCGCAUGUUCGUUUUAUCACGGUCUUUCGUUGCCGCCACGACCAGCACCACCAAUCUGCUGGUUUUCAUCGUGCUUUACGAGGUGACGGGCGAGGAACAUCGCGCUCUCUACAGCCUCCUGGCUACGAGCGUCGGUUCGGCGAUGGCGAUGCCGCUGAUGUCCCUCGUGUCGAUGGCCAAUCCGCGUUGGUGGCUAUCUCACACGUUCCUCGCAACGGUCACGGCGGUGGCGGUUGCCUGGUGCAACAUGAUCGACGAGUCUCCGGUCUGGCUCAUUGAAACGCACAGAAUUCGGCUAGCCGAGCUCGUGAUACUGAAUGCUGCCGCGCAGAACCGCAUCGACCUGGCCAAGGCCGGGACAACGUUCGAGGCCCUCAGGCAGCAGCUGGAGAAGCGAGAGACGGCGUCCCCGUCGAGCACCACCGGCUCGGCCAUCGUAUCCACGCUUAGCCGGCGCGCUGUAUCCGUGCUCGUUUCCUGGUUCGGAGUGUGCUUUGCUUUCUACGGAACAGGCCUUCGCGAGACGGCGCUCGAUACCCAUUGGGUGGUGUUGGGAUUCACGCUACACGUGCUGCUGCUCGUCGCCGCCUACCGAGGCAUCACUAAGUGGGGCCAACGAGUCUCGUUGUCCAUGGCGCUGGCGCUGCUCUGCGUGUCCAGCGCCCUCCAGGCCGCACUCCAUCAAUUGAAACUCACCAUGCCCUGGACCUUGCUUACGAGACUCGUGGUCGACAGCAGCGCUGCUGUAUCCAUGUCGGUCAACUACGGCUACACGACGGAAGUGUUCCCCACCUCCAUACGAAGCAGAGGGCUUUGCGUGUCAUACUCGGUCGGGCGGGCUGGCGCGCUGCUGGCCACGUUUCUGAACUCGACGUUUUCUGACAAUGCUCUAGUGUUCGACAUCACCAUGACGCUGAUCGUGUUGGCUAGCGGGAUGGCGAUCCAGUGGCUGCCCGAAAUAUUUCUCCGCAAGAAGAUGCAGCCGUCGACACUAGAGUCGGCCGCAUUGACCGAUGAGCAACGGAAGGAAGUGCUGAAGGCAUCCUUGGCACAGGGCACGGCGUAUGCCGCCAUGAAGGCCAAACGUGAUAAACGACGUCACAAGCGAGCACAUGACGUGACGCAACCAGAGGUGCUAACACCGUCUGAGACGACGUCCCCAAUGGCAGUGGUUAGUACAAGUUACAAGUACCUUUCUUCGUCCAAGAGUGUGAGACGCUCACAGCAGAAAAAGAAAGGAAGAAACAGCACGGCCGUUUCGCCACCUUCACAAGGACCUAUUUCCCGCUGACUACAUCAUUUAUUGUUACCCAGCUACAUCCUUUGCUUUCGCUGCAAACAGCAUGGUAUUUUUAGUUUUCUUUCGUGUUUCCAUGCAUACAUGACACUGUUUUUAGUGAAUUUCGUUACAAAAGUUUUAUAGUACAUCAACUGCAUCAGACACCGCGUUUUUGAUUGCUCUGGUGAAACUUGUGCUCCUUCGAUGGAACUGUCCAUUGCGGCCCUGUGCUAUUGAAGGCAUAGCCAGGGGACACCACCCGCGGAAGUGUGCUGUGAUGCUUACGCCAAGAGCAAUUGAUAUAACGCGUCGCUUUCUUGGGUGCACACGGACUCGAGGAAUCGGGUCUGCGCGCCGCCGCGCCGUCUACUUGCCUAUGACUGCGGCGUUACGGUCUUGCUGUCUCAAAGAGGCAUAUAGCCUCGCAACGGCCUCGAGCAUUCUGACUGAAACUUGCGAAAGUGUACUUCUUUGAGUAAGCCACGCAACUCACGCUGUUAUUUUUUUUGUGUGUAUUGCUGAUCAAACGUAGAGUGGUCAUCCGUAAAAGUAGGCGCAACUCCCCCGCCAGCCAAACUUGACGUUGUUAGGAGACACGUUCCCGCAGUGCGACUAUAAAUAAGCAUUCUAGUAAGUAGAAAGCAGAUAUUUGUGACAUACCGAUCACCUUUGUUGCCGUUGACGGCUACGAGAGUCCGAACUAUGCAUGCCGAUACCUCGAAUGGGCCUGCGAGUAGAACUGCCGCCUUUUCAGGGACACAAUAUGUGCGAUCGCUCGUACGCUGAUCCUCAUCAAUGUCGCAAGACGUUAUCGCGGCCUAAAGUGUGAGUCGAGUAUAUAAUUGGUAAAAGGGGAUUGUGCAAGUCAUGGCACUCAUAAUUCAGCGCAGCAGGGUGCCUUUUAACCUCAACGAAAAGAUUUGAUGGGAGCGUUUUAGAUAGUGGCGCCUAUGAAAGAGGCCGUGUCCUGGACAGGCCAUUAGUAGUAAAGCUAUGUAAUACAACUGCUCUCAGACUGAUUUCGUUUAGAAACAACAUCAGCACCGAUAUUGCAAAUCGUUCCGAUAGAAAUAAGCAAUUGUAGUGAGUGAUAUAAUGAACACACUUCAGUAGAGUUGUCGAUUUCGUCAAGCUGAGAUUAGUGCUCGGGUCAACUGCAUCUGCUAAAAGACCUAGGAAUGGCCGAACAUAUGCGGUGUAUUUGUACCGAAUAAUUGACAAAUUUGUUGAAUAUUGCAUAUUUAAACAAAGCGAUGCCCUAGCGAGAAGCGUUUAUAAAAGCCGAUUGCAGUAACUUAUUUUAGUCCUAACCAAUAAUACAUGCUCUUUGUUUGCCUGAGCAGCCUCUGCGGUUGCAGUACUUAGUACUUUCCCCAACGAGGCGACUAAGUCGCUAGAAGUUAUCGCGAAGGCCCUUGGAGAAUGAUUUUCUUCGCCGUGGCCUACACGUGUCAUGUUUGCUAGGUGUACUUCAGACUUAGUGUAAUUUGCAGUAAUGUAAUCCCAUGUAAUCUCGAAUGCUCAACUAUAGGCUCCCUUCUCAGGCCGUACUUCGAUUUUUAUGCGAAG